GCGACAGUCACCAGGCUAGCUAGCUAGUUAGUUAACAAAUCUUUAUUAAUUUAUUUGACCGUCUUGUUGCGAAAUUGAAAAAUGUAGUUUUCAAACGAUAAAGUUACACUUCGUAAACGCAUUAGUCUAUGCGAAUUUGUCUUGCGUCUUAAUUGUUGAAACGCUUAAUUUGCCGCCUUUUAUUGUAACUACCCUGCUAACGUUAGCUUCCCUUAAGACAUUUGCUAUUGUUGUUGCCUGGGAUAGCGAGCUACAGUAACAGCCCAAAAUGACUUCAGCCUCUACUAAGGUGGGAGAAAUCUUCUCUGCAGCAGGAGCAGCCUUCACCAAGCUGGGUGAGCUUACCAUGCAGCUGCAUCCAGUAGCUGACUCUAGCCCUGCAGGAGCCAAAUGGACAGAGACGGAGGUCGAGAUGCUGCGGUCAGCUGUGCGGCGCUUCGGUGAUGAUCUGAACAGUAUCAGCUCUGUGAUUAAGGAGCGCACUGUAGCCCAGAUAAAGACGACAGUGAAGAGGAAACUGUAUGAGGACAGCAGGGUGCCCCUCUCCUCCGACUCCCCCAAAAAGAUCACCAAGAAGACCACAGUCAUCAUGGCAGCCGCACUAGCACCCGUGGCCCCCACUGUCAUCGCAGUGCCCACCUCACAGGUUGUCGUGACUACAGGGCUGCAGAGCCCCUCUAUGCCCACUGCCAUCAAGAAACAGAAAACAGCAGAUGUGACGCUCAGUGCUCUGAAUGACUCUGAUGUAAACAGCGACUUGGUGGACAUUGAGGGACUGGGAGAUAGUUCCAACACCAAGAAGCUCAACUUUGAUCAAGAAAGCCUCAACCUGGACUCCAGCCUAAUCAUGAACUCGAGUGACCUGCCCCUCCUGUCUCGCUGACCUCUAACCCACUGUACCAUUGGGUUGGAAACACUCGGUCCCUAUAUCACCAGAGAGCAGACUACAGUUAGUAUCUUUCUUACAGAGCUUUUUUGGACACAUUUAAGCAGAUAGAUGUGUAUUUUUAUGAACAGACCCCUCUCCCCAUCGAGUACAUCUCUAUUCAGUCUGGGGCAUUUCUACUGAGGAACCCUUCUAUUUUGCUGUUUCUCACAAAACUAUAGUUUGUGUGAUGUAUAGCUUUUUUUGUAUUGUAACAUUUAUUUGCUCUGCUAAUUUUCGAAGUACUGUUUUGCAGCUGAACAUAUGCUGUUCAUGAUCUCCAGAGAGAAAUGGUGUUUCAGUGCAGAUGUCCAUCGUGUAACGUAGUGAGUGUACAUGUUGUGUACCACUGGUUGAUAUUUAAAAAUGCAAGACACCAGCUAUCCAACUAUUACUGGUAUUUCAUUUUGUUCACAAUGGUUGUGCAUGACAUGAUUCCUCUUAUGUUGAUGUUUAGUAAAAUGUUAAUCUCU